ACAAUUAUGCUGGUGAGAAAUCCAGGAAGGCUGAAGAUCGCGGGGAAUUAUCGAGUUAAUCAACCGAUAGAGAAUUUCAAAUUGAGAGUGAGGAUCGUGCAACAGAAGUCUCUUCUGGCUGAAUUAUUCGAGUCGGAAGCCGAGACUAGGGACUCGAAUUUUUUGGAAUCCGAGGGGAGAACGUUCUCCUGGCAGGAAAAAGUCCUGAGUCCCUUCGAAGUAAAUCUGUACAAGGAGGAGAGGAACUGCAUAAUUGAAAUUCACAAGAAGUAUCGAGAGAAAAUCCAGAAAGAUGAGAUCGAAAGCUCAAGAUUGUUCUCCUACACAGAGGAUGACUCCUAUUUUCGACAGGCAACUCCAGUUACGAAGGAGGGAUACAAAUCUUAUCUAUCCUUGAAGAAUGAGACUGCUCUUCCAGCGAUAAGAAAUCGAAAGCCAUUCAGCGAGCGCUACAACAAGAAGAUCAUCGAGUCGACCCCUUCAACGAACACCAUCAGGUCGAAUCAUUAUCUGUACAGAGAUAAAAGGACGAUGUACAUCAUGGCAGACCUCACCUCCAAGGAUGAAGCCCUUGGCUCCUCAGAGGACUCGGAAACUCUCUUAUGCACGAUAACUUACAACGAGGCUGGAAAAAUUCUGACUAUCGAUCCUGACUUCAACGACGACGAGUGCUACAAAGCUCAUGCCACUGGUAUGAGCUAUGACUUCUGGAUCGAACAUGCAUCCGAAGGGCAGACCGAGGACGAGGUUCAGAUGCAGAGAGAACUACUGCAUCACGAAUUCCACGAGAAAUUACUAUAUAAAGAAGCUGAAAUGUUCUCCGAAAUGCACUUACCACCCCCUCACGUACUCCGAGUGUAUCUGACGUUGGAUAUUACAAAAGCCAAAGGGUUUCCCUACGACGCCCUGUUCCUCACUUAUUUGAUUGAUCUGCCCAAAUAUUGGAGCACAAAUGACGGAGAUAAAUUAUCAGGGAGAACCCAGAGGUGCAGAAUGAUGAACGGUAGUGCUAAUUUUAGCUUUGUUGUCGAAAUGACACUUGAUUUCGAUUUGAACUGCUUGGAUGAUGAAAAUGUGAGGCCUGCAUGGCCGCAGGUACUCAUUGCUGCUGCAUCACUCGAUAAAUGGACCAGAUACAGAAUCGAAGGAUAUGCAUCUCAACCCUUGCCUCCGUCUCCAGGCAAAUUCACCUACGAAUUGACGACCUGGCGCCCUGUGGCUGGUUUUAUAAAUACCCUGCGGCGUUUUUUCACCGGAGGAACAGCAGAAUUGGAGGAUCUCACCUACUCCGGAAUUCCUCAAGGUGAAAACGGUCCGAUCAUCAAUAAAUCACAGUUAAAAGUCGUUCCAGGGGGAUUCAUCGAUUUGCAGAUGAAUAUCGUGCAGCAAUGCCGUGAUUUCUCUAAGAAUCCUAGAAUUUCAAGGGUUACCCUGGACAGAUUAUCAGCUGGGACGUUAAUAAAUAAUGUUAAUAAUGUUCUUGAGCAGUUCAAAGCCGCCAGGGAACGAAUGAUUCGCGCAAGAGCCAUGUGCUCGUGA